AAUUUCAGGCUGCCGAAGGACAAAACAGGUACCACAAAGAUUGGUGACCUGGCCCCUCAGGACAUGAAGAAAGUCUAUUCUUUAGCACUGAUUGAAUUAACUGCUCUCUAUGACAUACUUGGGACAGAAUUCAAGCAGCAGAAAGCUGUCAAAAUCAAAACCAAAGACUCGGGCUUGUUUGGUGUCCCACUGUCAGUUUUACUGGAACAGGAUCAGAAGAAGGUGCCAGGAACCAAGAUACCACUGAUUUUUCAAAAGCUGAUUGCCCAGAUAGAAGAGGCAACUCUGGAAACAGAAGGACUUCUUAGAAUACCAGGAGUUGCAACAAGAGUAAAGAGUCUUUGCCAAGAACUGGAAGCAAAGUUUUAUGAAGGGACUUUCAACUGGGAAAAUGUAAAGCAACAUGAUGCAGCAAGUCUUUUAAAACUCUUCAUCCGUGAACUGCCUCAGCCACUCCUCACUGUAGAAUAUCUCAAAGCUUUCCAAGAUGUACAGAAUCUUCCAAUGAAGGAACAGCAACUGCAAGCUUUGACUCUUUUGGUUCUCCUUCUACCUGAAGCAAACAGAGACACUCUGAAGGUACUGCUUGAAUUCCUCCAAAGGGUAAUUGAUCAUCAAGACAAAAAUAAAAUGACGUUAAAGAAUGUUGCGAUGGUGAUGGCCCCAAACCUUUUCACAUUUCAUGGGUUUGGCUCAAAGACUAUUGAACAAAGCGAGUUUGUUAUGGCAGCUGGAACAGCAUAUGUCAUGCGCUUUAUGAUUGAGUACCAAAAACUUCUCUGGAUAAUUCCUAAGUUUAUUGUUAACCAAGUAAGAAAACAAAACACCGAAAGCCAGAAGAAAGAGAAAAAAGACAAAGCUAUGAAGAAACUUCUGAAAAAGAUGGCAUAUGACCGAGAAAAGCAUGAGAAGCAGGAGAAGACCCCUAAUGAUGCUGAUGUUCCUCAGGGAGUGAUACGGGUGCAAGCGCCUCAACUUUCGAAAGUUUCCAUGGCAAUACAGCUGACAGAAGAACUGAAAGCUGGUGAUAUAGUAGCCAGGUUUCUCAGCCAGCAAAGUGGAAAUGUCCAAACACUCAAGAAAGAAGAGGUCUUUCUUUAUGAAAUAGGAGGAAAUAUUGGAGAACGCUGCCUUGAUGGUGAUACCUACAUGAAGGACUUAUACCAGCUCAACCCAAAUGCUGAGUGGGUUAUAAAGUCUAAGCAGAGCUAAGCUCACAACUAAUGGCAAAAGAACAACCUGUGGACUUACUUUGUAAGGCUGAAUGUUUCAAAGGGAUAGCGUGUCCUUUCAACCUUCAGCUGCGUUAAUACAUAUUAAUAGAACCUUAUCCAGUUUAAAAAAAAAAAAAAAAAAGGGGAUGGAAACCCAACAGUGAUUGCCAGUAAAUUUUCAGUUUUACUCACAGCAAAAUUUUGGAGAUAGCACAGUUUUCCCACUCAUAUUUGGAAUGAGAAUAAGUACCUUAAAUAUUUUAAUGGCACUAAUCUACCUCCCAUCUGG